CCCCUCCGCCAGCGCCGCCGGCGCAGCCCCCCCCCCCCCCAGGGGCGAGCGCGCGCGCUCUCGCGAUGGGUGCGCGCCAGAGCUGCGGCAAGACCUGCUCCACCUGGGCCUCGGACUGCGCGCGGGAUGGCCACGGCAACGGCGACGAUUUCGACGACGAGCGCCCCGGUGGCGACCCGGCGGGCGCGACCUUCGAGGAGACGCUGGAGGACCUGGGGUCGCUGGACCGGCAGUUGCUGCUCUUCUGCGGCACCUCCAACCUGGCCGCCGUGCGGUGGUUGCUUCGAAUGGGCGCCAGCAUCGACGCGUGCGACGCCAACGGCACGACCUGCCUGCACGUCGCGUGCCGCUCUGGCACGCUGGCGGUCGUCCAGGAGGUCAUGCGGCGGCACGCGCUGCUGCAGGCUACCGACUCUGCGGGGUGGACCCCGCUGCACAUCGCGGUUCUCAUGGGGCGCCGCGAGGUGGUCGCGCGGUUGCUUCAGGCCGGCGCCCAGCCCGCUGUGCGCAACUGCAAGGGACAGGCGCCUCUGGAGCUGUGCGCGGACAGCGGCACGUACGAGGCCCUGCGCUCGUUCGAGGCCCACCAGCGGGAAUCUCUUGGCAAGCCCUGGUCCAUCGGCAAGGACGCCGACGCCUCCGAGGACGGCGCCGGCUCCAAGCUGCAGUACGAGCCCUUCUUCGUCCCCAGGCAGCCGGUGGUUCGGUCGCCGCAGUUUAAGAAGGAGUUCCAGCAGGUCGGCACAGCCAUAUUCAACAGGCAGCCUGGUUUCGGCCUCGCGUUCCUCGUGGCCAGCGGCGUGGCGCGGGACUAUCCGGUGGACAUGUCGACGUUCCUUCGUCGGAACAAGGUGGACACCAGACAGGUGGGCAGCUUCCUCGGGGAGGCUUUCUCGCUGUCGCACACCAUCCGGCUGGAGUUCAUCAACUCCGUGGUCUGUGCCGACCAGGGCAGCAAACCGUUCGAGCGCAUGGAUGGGGGGAAAACCAUACGGAGGGCAAGGCAUGAGAGGGAUGAUGAAGGAAAGGG